CUCACUUCAGUCCCGACCCCAGCUCCGCUCCGCGGCCGCACAAAGCCUCCUCUCUCCCCGGCUGUAAUAUCUGUGAACGCCCGCCGGUCAAACCCAGCGCCCGGGAGAAGAGACGGUCGUUAUCGCGGCGACCCCCCUCCCGCCAUUUAAAGCUUUUUAUUCGGGGCUCACAAAGGAUUAGCGGCCGUGCGGGAAUUCCGCCCUCACGGAGCUCAGCGGCCAGACCCCGCCUCUCCUUCAUUUGUCAACAAAGGGGUUUGACAAGCCCGGAGAAGCCCUGCCUCCAUGUUCCCAUAAAAGGAUGAUUUGGCCAUACACGGCCGACAACCGAGCCGUGGGCAGCCGCUUUCCCUUCCACAUCCACGUUCAUAUGCUGCGUUGACUUCCUCCGUCGCCGUUAAAGCGGAGCUAUCAUGGCGGAGCGCGCACAGCAGCCCCCGGCCAAGCGGCUCUGCUGUCGACCGGGAUACGGCGCAACAUGUAGGCAAGGCCAGCGGGCCGCGUGGGCGCCGUGCUGCGGCUCCGCAGCCGCUCAGGGCGACUCGAGCAAAACCCAGAACCCGGAGACUCUGCUGGACAUCGCGGCGCGGAGAGUCGCGGAGAAGUGGCCGUUCCAGCGGGUCGAGGAGCGCUUCGAGAGGAUCCCGGAGCCCGUCCAGCGGCGGAUCGUGUACUGGUCCUUCCCGAGGAGCGAACGGGAGAUCUGUAUGUACUCGUCGUUCAGCACGGGCGGGGAGGAGACCGGGAGUAGCGGGGAGAGCGGCGACGACACGCGGCUGCCGUUCCGACGGGGCAUCGGUCUGCUGGAGAGCGGCUGCGUGGACAACGUACUGCAAGUCGGGUUUCACCUCAGCGGCACAGUAAGGGAACCUGCCACGGCCUCGGAGCCCGAGCUGGUCUGCAACGUGAGCGUCAGCUUCGACCGCUGCAAAAUCACAGCAGUAACAUGCAGCUGCGGCAACAAGGACAUCUUCUACUGCGCCCACGUCGUGGCACUCUCGCUGUAUCGAGUACGAAAGCCAGAGCAGGUCAAACUGCGCCUGCCCAUCUCAGAGACGCUUUUCCAAAUGAACAGAGAUCAGCUGCAGAAGUUUGUUCAGUACCUGAUCACAGUGCAUCACACGGAGGUGCUGCCGACGGCACAGAAGCUGGCAGAUGAAAUACUGUCGCAGAACUCAGAGAUCAACCAGGUUCACGGAGCUCCAGAUCCGACGGCAGGGGCCAGUGUGGACGAUGAGAACUGCUGGCAUCUGGACGAGGAGCAGGUUCAGGAGCAGGUGAAGCUCUUUCUCUCCCAGGGCGGGUACCAUGGCUCGGGAAAGCAGCUCAACUUACUGUUCAGCAAGGUGAGAGAGAUGCUGAAGAUGAGGGACUCCAAUGGCGCCCGCAUGUUAACGCUGAUCACAGAGCAGUUCAUGGGCGACCCCAGACUGGUGCUGUGGAGGCAACAGGGGACCACCAUGACUGACAAGUACAGGCAGCUGUGGGAUGAACUAGGGGCUCUGUGGAUGUGCAUUGUGUUGAACCCCCACUGUAAACCCGAGCAGAAGGGAUUCUGGCUUCGACAGCUUCGCAGGUGGAACAGUGUGGACGUCUGUCCCUUGGAGGAUGGUAACCAUGGCAGCGAGCUGACCAAUCUGACCAACGCUCUGCCCCAGGGCCUUCUCGGCAACCCAGACUCACUGACUCGGCCUCACCGGACCGUGUUCACGCGGGCGAUUGAGGCCUGCGACCUGCACUGGCAGGACCCCCACCUGCAGCACAUCAUCACGGAGGACCACUACACCAACUACUGUUACCAUGACAACAUUGACAGCUCCCUCUUCGAUGCCCGAGGGUGGCCCCUGUGGCACGAGCAUGUACCCACCGCCUGCGCCCGAGUCGACGCCCUGAGAUCACAUGGUUACCCCAAGGAAGCACUCAGACUGGCCAUCGCCAUAGUCAACACACUGAGGAGGCAACAGCAGAAACAGCUGGAGUUCUUCCGCACUCAUAAAAAAGAGCUGCUUCAUAAAGGCAUGACAUCAGUUACCAACCUGGAGGGCUGGGUGGGCCACCCUCUGGACCCCAUCGGCACACUGUUCAGCACACUGAUGGAGACGAGGCAGGGAAGUGAAGAUAGAGUCCUGUUCGACUUCUCAGCAGGCUCAUAUGGUCCAGGGAGGAUGACGGAGCAUUUCGCUUUCCCGGCGCAGCGUUUCCUGGAAGACGGAGAGUCGUUUGUGUCGCUGGCUGUGGAGACGGCGCUGAUCGGGUUGGGGCAGCAGAGGGUGAUGCCGGACGGCCUCUACGCCCAGGAGAAAGUGUGUCGCAACGAGGAGCAGCUAUUGGCCAAGCUCCAUGAAGUCAAUUUGGACGACUCGUUGGUGAAAAUCUUUCAGAAGCAAGCCGUUUUCCUGCUAGAGGCUGGUCCUUACACUGGUCUGGGAGAACUACUCUACAGAGAGAGCGUGCCCAUGCACACCUUUGCCAAGUAUCUCUUCACCUCGCUGCUACCUCAUGAAGCCGAACUGGCGUACAAAAUUGCACUGAGGGCCAUGAGAUUGCCAGUCCUGGAGUCCACGGCCCCCUCUGGCGACAUGUCCCGGCCUCACCAUAUAGUGUCGGUGGUGCCCAACCGCUACCCUCGCUGGUUCACGCUCAGCCACAUAGAGACCCAACAGUGUGAACUGGCCUCUACCAUGCUCACUGCUGCUAAAGGUGAUGCUCGUAAGCUACAAACAGUGUUAGAGUCCAUCCAGAAGAACAUCCACUCCUCAUCCCACAUCUUCAAACUGGCCCAGGAUGCCUUCAAAAUCGCCACCCUCAUGGACAGCCUGCCGGACCUCACGCUGCUCAAAGUCUCCCUGGAGCUGGGCCUUCAGGUGAUGAGAAUGACCCUGUCCACCCUGAACUGGCGGAGGAGGGAAAUGGUGCGGUGGCUCGUCACUUGUGCUACUGAAGUCGGUGUGUUUGCACUGGACAGCAUCAUGCAGAGCUGGUUCACCCUCUUCACCCCCACCGAAGCCACCAGUGUUGUGGCUAGCACAGUCAUGUCCAACAGCACCAUCGUCCGCCUGCAUUUGGACUGCCAUCAACAGGAGAACCUGGCCAACUCUGCUCGCACCCUGGCCCUGCAGUGUGCCAUGAAGGACCCCCAAAACUGUGCCCUGUCUGCCCUGACGCUUUGUGAGAAGGACCACAUUGCCUUUGAGACAGCCUACCAGAUUGUACUGGACGCAGCUGCUACAGGAAUGAACUACACACAGCUGUUUACAAUAGCACGCUACAUGGAGCACCGUGGUUAUCCUAUGAGAGCGUACAAACUAGCAACAUUAGCCAUGACUCACCUGAACCUCAGCUACAACCAAGACACACACCCGGCCAUCAACGAUGUGCUGUGGGCAUGUGCGCUCAGUCAUUCGCUGGGAAAAAACGAACUGGCAGCCGUCAUCCCCCUGGUGGUGAAGAGUGUGAAAUGCGCCACCGUCUUGUCGGACAUUUUGCGGCGGUGCACAUUAACGACGCCAGGCAUGGUGGCACUGCACAGUCGCAGGAACUCUGGGAAGCUGAUGUCUCUGGACAAGGCUCCACUCAGGCAGCUACUGGACGCCACUAUUGGGGCCUACAUCAACACGACGCACUCUCGGCUGACGCACAUCAGCCCACGCCACUACAGCGAGUUCAUAGAGUUCCUCAGUAAAGCCAGAGAGACUUUUCUCAUGGCACAAGACGGACACAUCCAGUUCACCCAGUUUAUAGACAACCUGAAACAGAUAUACAAGGGCAAGAAGAAACUCAUGAUGCUUGUUCGAGAAAGAUUUGGUUGAAAGUGGACCAAAAGACUAUUGCCCUUUUUUUUUUACUUGAGACUCGUUUUUUAUCCUUUCUAACUUGAAGUGAAAAUCCACUUAAAACAACAUUCAUAUUCAUAUGAUUUGGGACUACUGGGUCUAAUGUGAUACUGAACUGAAGGGGUGUAAUUAUAUGCACAUACCAUAGAGAUGUAGGGCUAUUUAAAAAGCAGCAUCGGAAGAAAAAAAGUCUCCUGCACACUGAUUCCAAGCCACAAAAUGUGAAGAAGAAAAGCCAACGUUUCUAUCCCACUCUAAUCUCUGACGGGUCAAAAUGCUUAAAAAUACCACAUCCACAUACAUAUGAUUAUGUAACAGAAAUAAUAAGAAUCUCAAAGCAAGAAGAUAAAUCUCAACGAUAAAAUAUCAACAAUAUAUCAGAAAAUUAAUUAUAAGAAAAAAUGUAUAGGCUUGGGUGGCCUUUCCAGCAAAUUUGCAAGGGUUAAUGCUAUUAUUAUUAUUAACAUUAUCAUUAUCACCAUUAUUAUUAUUAUUAUUAUUGAAAGUAAAAAUAAAACAUAGAUUUUGAGAGCAGUAACCAGUGCUGAGUGGAUAUGUCUUGGUGGGAUUAAGUAUUACAUUUUGCACUAUAUCAUAUUAUAGCACUGUGGAUAAAGUUAAAUACACAGUAGUGAAAAAUGACUAGAAAACCAAUCCUUUCUACCUCUACCUCUCAAUAAUUCCCCUGUUGGUCGUAGCAAAUUCCCUAUUGUACGAUAUUUAUUUUAACUUGAAAUUAUCUUUUCCAUCAACACACAAGACUGGAAUAAAAUUAGGCUAUAAAUAUAAAAACUUGUGAAUAAAUCUAUGUCAAGAGUUUUGACCUGACAAAUGUUCUGACUUUGAACGUUUUCUAAAUGUUGUGACUUGGAGUCACUGUGCAGUCUCUCUUCUAGCUAAUGUGAUAAUAACCACAGGUUCCCGAAGGCAGAUCCUUAGACUUUAUUCAAUUCAAGCCGCACCAAGUGUCAGCCUAAGCACAGACAGAUCCUGGGUUGACUUCCGUGCUGGAGGAAGGAUUGGACAGUCCAAGGUGAUAGGGUUGAGAUAUGAAAAAUGCUGCAGGGUGAAGUUUCUCUCUGAAAAUUGACACGUUUGAAAUUGAAGGAAAAAAAACUGAGCCCUGAAAGCAACAGCUGGUAUUGAUGUGUAUAAAACCAUUACGUCUGCAGAAGCAGAGAACUGUUUGUCCCUUUUUAUAUGUAUGAAAGUAAGAGAGGAAGAGUUUUACACUGAGUAUAUACUGUAUUGUCUAAUGGCAAAAAGUCCACCUUGCACUCCUCCUGUGUCCCUCUGUUAACAUUCACAGCCUCAAAGAGAAAACAAACGGCUUUAAACCAAAUGGAGCAACUCCAUCUGAAGUAUUGAGUACCUCUUUUUAAGGAUCCAGCUUUACCCCACCCCACCCACCCCCCAGUGCUCAGAAAAACUCCAAAUCCAUGAUCAGAAUUCAUUAAAUGGGUCGAUAUUUGUUCCUGCCAUCUUUAAGCUGAUUGUUUUUGCUUCGCUGUCUCAAAUGUUCAAUAUGCUUCGUUUACAGACUAUUUGUCACGGACACCACAACAAACUGUCACAGUGCUCGCUCUUGUGGAAACUUUGCAACUGUCAACAUACAUUCUCAGGGAUUUCUCUAAAAAAAAAAACCAAGACAAAAAAAGAGAACAAAAGCAUUUUAAUGUCCUGUAUAUAUGAAAGUAUAUGUCUGAAUAUUGAAAAAAAAUGUAUAUGUUAAGUAAUUUAUGACAGAAUAUUCUAUGUAAGGCACAAUACUUGAAGCUGCAGUACUUUUGGUUUUUGAAACAAGAAAAGAGAAACAUAUCAGAAGGACUUCAAAACGUUCGCCUUGCAUCGCAUCAGGGGCUGGUGGAGACAGUAGUACCCACAGAGUACAUGCUGGCAGGUCUGGCUCUGCAGACAUGUAAUGAACUGCAGAAACUGGCCACGUGAAGACAGGAGGUGGACAUGCAAAGAGUGAAUUCUCCUGAAUACAGAAAGUGUAUUGAGGAUGGGCGCACGUGAGAGAGGACUGUGGAGGUCGAGCAGCGACGACGUUCAGAUGCCAACUGCUGCGACCCUCCAGUGGACACGUCUCCUCCUGCAGCGAUCCGAUCACUAGACGAAAGCUGCUUUACGCCCCGGUGUCCAUGCCUCCUCUGCUCACAUCUGAACUUUGAGCGGGACAGGAAGUUGGGCAAAGCUUUAUUUCACGAGUCCUGUGUUUUACAGCUAAUAUCCUGUGAACUUUCCUCAUAACCUUCCUAAAGAUUUACUGUUGAUUACAAAUUUAUUUCAAAGAAAGGCACACACAAGUUGGGGUUCGCUUCAUUUGGGUCUGUGAAUUCCAAUUUAUUUCCAAAUAGUCUCCCAUGAAGUUUCCUGAAAUCAUGGUUAAAAUAGAGACUGAACAAUCAGCAAAAAUGAAGAAUAAAGUUUCCAAUAAUAAAUUAUAGAAUAAUAAAUAUUCGCUGAUCUAAUGAAAAUGAAUCUGGAAGUUUCCAGGAAUCUAGCUGUAAAAUACAGAAGCUGUAAAAUAAAACAUUGCCAUAUACCAUGGGUUUUGACUGUUCCACUUUUUUGUGCGUUUUCUUUUUAUUUCCCCUCUCGUUCAAGUGUUUUCAUUUCUCUCUAGAAUUCCUCACACAGGAACAGCCUUCUUUCUUGCCUUGUCUUAAUGCUUUAAAACAACCAAAUGGGAGUUCUAACUACCAAACCUUUUUCAUAGGCCAGCCGACGUUUGGUUACAACUUUUCUUAGUGUCUUUUCGUUUUUUAGCUGAACUGUAUUCUGUGCUUUAAAAGCUCAUGUCAUCCGUUUUUCAGUGUCGUCUCUUAGAGGUCUGUUGGUAGCUCCUUUUUGUUUAGAAGCGAAUAUUACUCCCUUUUAUUUAUUACGUUAGGUAAAUGAUUGUACAACCAUGUCGACAUGCUCAUGAAGUUGAAACUAAGAUUUGAUACACUGAUCGAUUUAUUUAUGUAACUAAAUCACUGUUUUAUAAACUUGUUAUUGAAUCAACAUUUUGUUUGGAUUAAAUUAGUUUUUUGACAGCA